AUGAGUCCAGUCCAUCGUAUUAAACUUCAUCUGUCAUCCGAGCUAGAAAGCUUAUCUGAUAAAUUGUCUGGCCACUCCUUAUCAAAGAACAUUCCAGCUCACACAGAGCGACUGUUUUACCACAAAUCAGCUCUCUGUCUCGUAGCUUUCUGCUCCGAUAUGUCCUCGAUAGUAACAGCCGUGUUUAAAUCAACCAUCGGCUUACUGGUGAACAAAGGCAGAGAUAAAGUGGCGGAGAAGCUCAAAGAUGGCGAUGUUACAGAUAAAAAAAUUCGUGGCUUAAUCGUGCGCGAAAUCGACGAUGUCGAGUCGAAGUUGGAUGGCUUAGCAAGGAAAGAUUUACUCGCAAGUAUCAGCUUCUUUGAGGAAGGAAUUGAGUUGUUAUAUGAAGUUUUUGAAGAAGCAAGGUCCAUACGCGAGCCUGACGAGACAUCGGCGGUUACUGCUGAUGCAAGUUCUGUCGUUGAGAGAAUGAAAAACUUGGAUCUUGCAGAACUGGAUGAAUCAGCUGCACAGAAGCUUUCUGAGGCAAAGACGAGAUUUGAAAAGCAUUCUAGCGAUGCAGUAUCGAGUUAUGGCGAUUAUUUUAAAGACAGUCCGUCGAACGCAUUAGCACCAUGCAGAGUUUGUAUCAAAGAACUAAAUUCUCUGCCAGCGGUACAGAACAUUUUCAAUGUUCAGUUGAAGACAGGCAUCCAGGUAGUAAGAGGUUUCCUCAGUAGAAAAGAGAGAAGGAAGAAUGUUGUCGAAGUCUGUCACGUAAAUCGUGUCAUCUACGAUGUCACGCGAACUGUUGGUGAAGACACACACUUAUGGAUCUGGCCUCCUGUUGAUAUUGGAGAAAACAAAAUCGAUCCAUUGUCUGACACAAGAGUAACUAAAGUAUUAGUUGAACAAGGCAUGGAGCACUGUUGUGUUACUCCAUGGUCAUUUGGUCAGGAGGGUGAAGAGUGGCACAAGUUGAAGGAGCCGACAGGUAUUGCUACAAACUCCAGCGGAGAAUUCUUUGUAGCUGACGGUGAAAACUUAAAGAUGUUUGAAAGUAGCGGUAAGUUUGUGAAACAUAUCAUUCUCCCUUUCGAUGACACAGUUACUGUGAACGCAAAGCUACGCAUAUGUGAUGUGGCCUUAGACAUGAGCGACAACAUUUUCAAACUGGGCCAACUGGAGAAGCCUGGGACUGAGAAAUCUUUGUGGGUGCUUUAUAAACUUAGUUAAGCCGCUGAACCAAGGACUGUCAGUUAGUGCAGGCAAAGUAGUGGUACAUAGUGAGCAAUUGAAGAUCGUAGUGCCGCUUGGUCAGCUUGUCCUGGCCACCAGCCGCCGCGUGGUGGUAUAUGACACAGAUGGAAAUUUUGUUCACAGUUUUGGAGAAGAUAUGCACAACUCGUUGUAUAUUACUGUUUGCAAUGAUGGCGAUGUUCUAGAUUUGACCGCUUCCUGUGUUCGCAUAUUUAGUGAUGAAGGCGACUACCUAAACAAGUUUCAACUGCAGAGUAAUGACUGUAUUUACUCACGCAUUACGUUUCACCCAGGAGGUGAACAUGUCGUCAUCGCUGGUUGUGAAAGCGAGAAAAAUCUCUUGCAUGUAGAAAUAUACGCUAAAGAUGGUGAGUUUGUUCGCAGUGCACAAAUCCAAAUUGAUGGAAUAUGUGAAGUACGAGAUAUUAUAGUAACUAACGAGGGACGCAUUGCUGUUUUAACUAAAAUCAGGAAAGAGGCAUGUUUGAAUUUUAGGGUAAAUGUUUUUUAAUUUUUUUUUCUUGUUCACUUGUUUUCCAAACUGUCACGAACAAUUGUUUGCCUCCAAUCAAGUACUAGUCAAGGUUAUCAUUUUUUUUGGUAACUUCUAAACUAUACUUUAAGUUAAAAUUUUAUUCUAUUAAGAUUGUGAGGUUUUACUUUUGACAGGUAUUCCACAAGUCAGAAGCAAGCUACUAUAGGUUAAAUGUUGCUUUAUUUUCAGAGAUUUCUGAAUUCUUGAUGGCCGUAUUCUGUACUCUCUUUGUUACAUUAACUUUUCAAGGUGGGGGGAGUCAGUCUCGAACCAAACCAUUUUAAUGGGUAUUUUAAACUUUGGAUGAUGCAUUUCUAAUUUUCUGAUUGGCACACUCAACUCUGGUCAUCAGCUCAUAAUCUGAGUCACCUAACAUGAAAAUGCAUAUUUACCAGAAACAAUAUGCAAAUGUUUAGGAUUUAAUGACAAUUAAUCCAUGUGUGCUUAUUGGAUAUGAUUUGUCAUAGCCAACUUGGCACUAUGCAUCUCCUUGGUUAUCUACCAUCUCAUGUCUUAUGUGCACUCAUGGAAUAAUUGUUAAAUAUUUCUCAGUAUUGCUAAGCCAUGCACCUUGCUUUUUAUUACUUAUUGAAGCCAUCAAGUACAGCAAGUUCUGAAUAAGGAAUCUCACUAAUGUGCAACACAUCAACAGCGUCUAUUUUACGGUUUCAAAAGGUGUGCAUGUGAAUGUUGUUGAUUGUUUUUAUUUAGGGAUUGGGGUUAUGGCACUAUUAGGAAUAGCAUUCCAAUUUUUUUCUGGCAUUCUAAUUGAUAGGUAUAACAUUUACCUUGUUGUAUAUUAAAUUAUUAGUUGUUCUGCACUCUGCUGAUGUAAAGUUAGCUCAAAUUAGUAGGGCCAAACAUACUUAGCAACUGCUUAGAGACUGGGUACAAGAGGGACAAACACUCUUUCUCAGCUGCUAUUCUUUAUUGUAAGUAUUGUUUUCUUUUACUAAAAUACAAGGGAAGUGUUGUGAUUCAGGAAUUGCAUCUUACAGAAUUUUUAGGCAGCUUUCCUCUUUUCUUGUUUAGACCCUAAUGUCUUCAGUUUUUGCAUUUUAAUGUUGGCAAUAAAGUAACUUUGCCAAUUCCAUUUUGACAGAUGACUCCUACAAUGUUAUUUUAAGCUGAAACUUGGUUGGAAUAAGUUGGUGCAAAAAGUUGGUAGAUUCCAAGUCCAAUAUUCUCUGGUGAUCUUUGCAACCCUCAUUUUCAAAUCUAGAUGUGAAAAUUACUAGGUGAUUAUAUUGUUAUUGCAAUGAAUCCAAGUUCUAACACGCCAACAAAAGAUUCUGGGUAGUAAUGUUUUUCAGGAUUCAUUGCAUUAAGGUUUGAAUUUGAGAACAAAGAAGGGGUUUCUUCUCAAAACUUCAUUUUUAAAUGGUAAACAUCAUGUUCAACAGAAAUCUUAAAUGUUGAAAAUAACAGUUGAAUUUUGGCAGGAAUUCACUGCCACACAUGUAAUGAUUUAACAAUUAGUUCAUACGUCAGCAUGCGUUCAUCGAGAUAUGAAGCACUUGGGAAGUUUGGAGAG